GUCUUGACUCGCACCUUGGUGAUACCACAGGCACAAGAUGUGGCUGUUUAUUGCAAUCCUGUUUCUCAUACAAGCAUCCACCAACUCUGAAGACGCCACCAAGCAGAAAAAGGCUCUGAAUCCCGAGAGUCUCAUGAACGUUAGCCAAAUCAUCUGCCACAGAGGGUACCCCAGUGAGGAGUAUGAUGUCCUGACUCGUGACGGCUACUACAUCCACCUGAACAGAAUUCCUCAUGGAAGAGAAAAGCCUAAGAACAGAGGGCCCAGGCCAGCUGUGUUUCUCCAGCACGGGAUACUUGGAGAAGGCAGCCACUGGGUGGAAAAUCUGGCUAACAACAGCCUUGGCUUCAUACUAGCAGACUCUGGCUACGAUGUGUGGCUGGGAAACAGCCGGGGGACGAGCUGGUCCAGGAGACACCAGAACCUUUCAGCUGACCAGGUGGAAUUCUGGGAUUUCAGCUUCCAUGAGAUGGCAAUGUACGACCUCCCGGCCGCCAUCGACUUUGUGCUGCAGAAAACGGGGCAGAAGCAGCUCCACUACGUUGGCUACUCCCAGGGCUGCUCCAUUGCGUUUAUUGCAUUUUCAUCCAUGCCCGAACUGGCUCAGAAAGUCAAAAUGUUUUUUGCCCUGGCUCCAGUAGUGGCACCCAAGCACUCCAAAAGUCCAUUAAUAAAGAUGCAGCUCCUCAUGGACAAGAAGCUCAAGAUGAUUCCGCUGCUGCUGGGCAGAACGGACGCGUCCCUGCGGGUGAGGAAGCUGUGGCGGUUCCUCCCGGAGCUGUGCAGGCACAUGCUGCUGCACAAACCCUGUGUCAACCUCCUCUUCCUGCUGAGUGGCUACAACGAGAAGAACCUCAACGUGACACGGCUGGAUGUGUACACAUCCCACUAUCCAGAUGGCACCUCUGUCAAAAACAUCAUCCACUGGGCCCAGGUGGCAAAAUCUGGAGAAUUCAAAGCCUUUGACUAUGGCAGCGAGAACCCAGCCAGGUACCACCAGGACACCCCGCCCUUGUACCGCGUGGAGGAGAUGCCGGUGCCCACCGCGGUGUGGUCGGGAGGGCAGGACUGGGCAGCUGACUGGAGGGACGUCCUCCUGCUGCUGCCCCGCAUCACCCACCUCGUCGCCUACACCCACAUCCCCGACUGGAACCACUGGGACUUUGUCUGGGGCCUGGACGCCCCUGGGCGCCUCUACAGCAGCAUCCUGAGGAUGAUGGAAGGGUCCCGGUAGAGCGGCGGCUCCCGGGGAGCCUGGCCCGUGUCCCUCAGCUGAGACAGCCCGAGGAGGGGUGGGACACUCCCCGCUGUCCCCUCCCUCCUGACGCGCUUGUGGUGAUGGUGCUUUCCAUGCAUCCCUUGGUUGUUGGGGUCUCUCCUCCUUGCUUGGGAGCUCCUCAAGCACCGGUGGCACGGCGCUGGGGUCAGCCAGGACAGGAGCCACCAGCCCUGCUGGAACGGUCCCAACAUGAUGGUGCUGAGCCAGGGGGACGUGGGGACCCUGCCAUGACCCCCCAGUGGCUGCCCAGUGGGUUGUGGAUUAGAGGAGGUGGAAGGGAGCUGGGCCUGUUGAGUCUGGCUGUGGGGGGACAGGCUGAGAGCAGCCCCCCAGCCAUGGCACACAAAGGAAUGGAGGGGAUGGCUGAGGCCAAACUCUUCUUGGCAGCAGCAACAGGUGAUGCAACGAAGGGUUCUGGCCACAGAUUACAGCCCAGGGGGUUCAGGUUGGAUGUGGAGAAUCCUUUUUCCCCAAGACAAGUCCCCGAGAAGUGGGAGGUCUCCAUCUGGGCCAAGCCAGGCACCUGUGUGCAUUGUUUGGGCUGAGACUCAGGGGUCAGAGAUCCCCAGGAAUGGCUGCUUAGCUCAGCACCAGAACACUGGGAAUGAUCAUCCCACAUCCCUGGGAGCUGGUGAUCCCAAAUGCCCUGGGCUGGGUCACAGGGCCACCGUACCCCCAGGAAGCUGCUGCCGGGCUGAUGUCCCCAGCCUGUCCCACUGCGCUGCUUGCUGCAAACCCGGAGGUGGGGAAAAUCCCUCCAAAAUAAAUACUCAGAGGGGAUGCUUUGACACCCCCAGCUCUUCCUUGCAUGUGAAUAUUUUCUGGGGAGCUGCCAGGGCCAGCAGGGACACAGUAACCCCACGGGCAGCUGGUAGAGCUGGGUGGCACAGUGUGUUCUCCAAGGGAGUAUCCCAGUACAUCCCAAUACCCUAUCCCAUCCUAUGGCAGGUGGCAGGAGCGCUUGCUGAUGAAAACACCCCACCAGACAACUUUGGGAGUGGAGAGGCUUAUUGUAUCCCCGAAGGUUUGGGAAUCACGAGUGGGCGGGAGCGCUGGGACUGGCCCUUGGGGCAGUUCUGCUGGGAUUUGUGGCGGGACGAUGGGCAUCCAGUGCUCCUCCACCUCCGUGGCUGGCCGGCCACGGUGUGAGGUGGAUGAGCGGGAGCAGAAUGGGGAGAGGAGGAGGGUGGGGAGAUGAUCCCAGGGCUGCCCCCUCUCCCACGCCGGCACCGGGUGCAGGCAGC